CAUCCAGAGACAAAGAGAGAGACGAAAGGAAGGAAAGUUGAAGAAGGGAGAGAAGGGAGCACAUGUGGGCAGAUGGGAGGACAUAUCAACCUGGACCAAAGUAGCAAAGGGGUACAUUUGCUGACAUAGAGAGAUUAGAAAAUCACCCACACAGGGAUCUGCUGCUGGGCUCCUUGUUUUCCUAAAGCUUUGGAAGCCAAACUUUUUCCAGGCUUCGCCCUGGAGGCCACAAGCUCCUGUGAGAGGACAGCAGAGGGGGAAUGCUGUGGGAGCUGCUCACCCCCUCUUGCACCCCCUCUGGUGUCACCUUUGCUCAACGUGGAGGAGCCAAGCUUCACGACAGUGGAAGUGUGCCAAGAUGGAGAUACCAUGCAUCUGACCACUAAGGAAAGGGACAUGGAAGAGAUGAGUGAUCAAGAUCCGAACUGUGAUGAUAUGCAGAAGAAGGAACAAAGACUGCCCUUCCAGAUUUUCCCUGACCCAGUGGAGAUUGUCUUGGGCCCAGAGGCAUCUCUUAACAGUCCGGAUCGAGGAAAAGAGCGCCUCCCCUCCAUUGUUGUAGAGCCCACAGAGGUGAGUGAGGUGGAAAGUGGGGAGCUGCGCUGGCCUCCAGAGAACAUUGAGAUAGAGGACGAUGAGGAGGACCUGUUCCUGGAGCAGUGCAUCCCACCGGCCAACAUCGCUGACUGGGGAGAAGAGGAUGAGGAGGAGGAGGAGGAGACAUCACUAAUCCUGCAGCAGCAGCCAGGCCUGACACUCCUCGAUCUUCAAUCUGAUGCAUUUAGAGAUGACACACCAACACUUCCUCCCAACAGUGCCCCCGCCUUCAAUUGAGUUCAUUACCUCUGCUGAACCUGUGAGCAAAUAUCCUGAGAUGAAUUGUGACAAUAAUUGUUGAGAAAAAGAACACUACAAAAUAGCAAACAUGUCAAAGUGAUGAAAAAGUGUAUCAUAAAAAAGAAACACAAGAACAAAUGGCUAUGAGGACAUCUUGGAUCAGUUUUCUCAACUGUAAUGAUUUGGAUUUUAUUUUUAAAUCUGGGAACAUGAUUAUCGUGGCACAUGAAUAUACAAAUAAAAAAAACAUUUUAAAGAUAUUUUGCUGACAUUGAAGGUUUGUGUUUCAUUUCCUGUUUCAUGGCACAAAUUCUCAAAGGCUUUCAAUGAUGGAAAGGAGAAAAAAAAACUGACAUUGCAACAUUUUUGUUCCUUCAUUCAAGUUCUGCCCCUUCUCCUUUCACAAGUGGGUAAUUUUGAUAAAUCAUUUACAUACAUACUUUUCCAGAAUGUGGUAUUUAGUCAAUUAUUGUGAAGCUAGAUGCAUGCUACAGUCUACGUAACUAGAACCUGCAGAGGAGUUUGUUGGUUUUGUUUUAGUUUACAUGGGCUGGUUUGUUUACAUCAUCUAAUAAAACCAGUCUUAUACAAGAGCUACAUUUUUGAACAGGCUAAACUCUGAAAUAAUAUGUAAAUAUGA